CCUCGAAUCCCAGGAAGGGCCUUGUAGGAAAAAGGUGGAGGAAUCAUGGCGCUGAUGGCGCUUUGCCGACGGCUUUCCGCGGUGCUUCGGGUGACCGGCGCGAGUUGGGACGGUUCGGUGGCUUCAGCCUCCAGAGGAAUCAUCGGUGAUUGGCCAAAGAAGGCUUCAGAAUUGAAGAUUUGUCCCUGUUCUGUGUUGCUACAUACAACUGUGUCUCAAAAUGGGUUGGAGGAAUUUUUUGAUGACCCCAAAAACUGGGGAAAGAAAGAAGUCAAGUCUGGAGAUUCCUGGACUGUAGAACAACUUAGAGGCAAAAGCAGCGAAGAUUUGCAUAAGCUUUGGUAUGUCCUGCUAAAAGAGCGAAAUAUGCUUUUAACAUUAGAACAAGAAGCAAAACGGCAGGUGCUGCCAAUGCCAAGCCCAGAAAGAUUGGAAAAGGUAAAAACUUCCAUGGAAAGAAUGGACCAGGUCAUUCAGGAAAGGGAAGAUGCUUUGCGACUUUUGCAGACGGGUCAGGAGAAGGAGUGGCCGGGCGAAUGGAGAUAUGAUUUCCUUGGCCGCGUUGUUUGGUAUACUUUCAGAGAAUGGCCAAUCCCCUGGUACAUGAAUGCAAGGCACAAGAGGAAACGCUUCUAUUACCUGCCAAAUGUCAAGCCUUUUAUAAGACUCAGAUUUGAGAAAUACCUGCGCAUGAAAAACAAGCAGGAGAACCUGAAGCGAAAGAAAGAGGAGCGUCUACAGCAAAAAAAUCCUCAUCUUGCCACACAGUCACAGAGUUAACACGGGGUUGGAGGUGUUUGACGUUUGAGAAGACUAGGAGGAAUAACAGACUGUUGCAGGGAGUGAAAACGUGAUGCACGUGCUUUGGCUUCAGUCAUUACCUAUAAAUGGACACUGAGGUGAGAAAUGUGUAACUUCAGAAAUCAGCUCAUUUUUUUCUUACCAAAAUAAAACUUCUGUACACCUGUU